AUGGCAGCUACAAAUUUCUAUGCCGACUUCUCAAGCAACAGCACACAAAAUAUGUACAACUACACCAACGCAUCCACCUAUUACGACAACAGUGCCUCCUAUUAUCAUCAACAACAGAGUAACAACACUUGGAAUCCAGCCACCUACAAUCCCAACUAUAUGCCUCAAUACAAUAAUGGAGCUUUAGAAAACAGCAGCUCUCAAAUGUACAAUGAUUAUUACAAUUAUAACAACAUCAAUGAACAAUUAAACAUCAAUGCUCCAGUCACAGCAGCCGAAGCACCUAAAGCAUCACUUAAACGUAGAUCCAGUGAAUUAGAAGAUGAAGUUGUUAGCAAACCUACUGUGGAAACAAGCAAAGUGGAAGCUGAAGAACCCCCCAGCAAAUUGCGUGCCUUACUCACAAAUCCUGUCAAGAAAUUGAAAUACUCUCCCGACUAUUACUACACAACUUUCGAAAAAGUCAACAACAAAACCAAAAGUCAAACAGAACAGACCUCAGUACCCAAUACAGCUCCCUGCUUCGAACAAGACUUCCUCUCAGCCCAGAGACCAGCCACCCAACAAACCAUCUUAUCACCUAAUCGCAGUGAUGUAGAUUAUUUGGAUGUCUACUCCCCACAAUCCCUAAAAGUUGCCAGUCAUUCACAAGCAUACAAAAAUGGUUCAUCUUCCACCACCACCACCUCUGAACCAGCCACUCCUGCUUCUUUGGUCGAUGGCAUCAGCACCCCACCCUUAUCGCCCAACGAUAAACACAUCAAUCAAACUGCAGCUCAACAACAUGAAAUCAAUCAUCAAAUUUUGACAGCCAACGACUACAAUUGGUCGAACUGCGAAGACAGCCCAGCAUCAGAUUGCAAAGACUCGAAACGCACCCGUCAAACUUACACUCGUUACCAAACAUUGGAAUUGGAGAAAGAAUUCCAUUUCAACCGAUACAUCACCAGACGUCGCCGUAUCGAUAUUGCCAAUGCUUUGGCUUUAACUGAGCGCCAAAUUAAGAUCUGGUUCCAAAAUCGUCGUAUGAAAUCCAAGAAAGAUCGCACUUUGGAAGGAUCUCCUGAAAUGCACCAACAAGGUUUAGCUUAUCCAGUGAUGUCUCUGGAAGCCACCAACCACCAAGUGCCAUUUGCCGCAUCACACCAACAUGCUGCUUCUAGCGGCAACUCUGCAUAUCCCGCUUACUUGGCCACAGCAACACAACCUGCCUUCCCUGCCGCUUACCAUCACAGCCACCACCACUCGCCCGAACAUUUUGCUGGCCAGCAAUACGAAACCACAGCUCAACAUGCCCAUCUCAAUCAUCAUGCUCAUCAUUAUCUACAGGACGCUCAGCAAUACAGCACUGCCGCUGCACACUUUGCCCAAUCCAACUACCAACAACAAAUGACUAUGCCAGCAGGAUCCAACCCAAUGUAUCAGCUGGCCUAG